UCCCUCUGAAAGGACUACAAUCAACCCUCUCUCUCAAUCAAGAGUUUACCACGACAGUGGGGAACCCACGGAAACAAGUUAACAUUUAAAAACCCUGAAGAAAGAAAGAACUCUGUUUUCACUUCUUUUACAAUGUUACUGGAAUGAAUUUCAGGAAUAAAGUGAGCUUUGUGUGUCUGUUACUCCUGCAAUAGCUGGGAUCUCCCCACCUGGAUUUUACGUGCGGAAGGAUUUUAUGGUCUUGGUGAUCGCUCUUUGGAAUAACAGUUGUGAAGAUUUUGGGGGAUUUAAAGAGAGGAUUUUUUGGGAUUUCCUGUGGAUAUUUUUCGAAUUUUACUGUUAUGGGUUUUACUCUAUGAUUGCGUGAGAGCUGCAUAAGCAGUGUGGGGACAGAGGGGAAGCAGUGCCAACCUGGAAUAUGGUGCUUAAUAUUUGCCCAUCAUUGCCCGUCCUGCCCAAUGGGCUGCUGCUUCUGCUACUGCUGAGCUGUGUACAACUCUCCUCUCAGUCAGACAGUAUGCCACAUUUUAUCAAGUCUCCAGAGGACCAGACAGGGAUUUCAGGAGGAGUGGCAUCUUUUGUGUGCCAAGCAGCGGGUGAGCCCAAGCCUCGGAUCACAUGGAUGAAGAAAGGAAAGAAAGUUAGCUCCCAGCGUUUCGAGGUGAUUGAAUUUGAUGAUGGCUCAGGGUCUGUUCUCCGCAUCCAGCCGCUUCGGACGCACAGGGACGAGGCCAUCUAUGAGUGCACAGCCACCAACAGCCUAGGAGAAAUCAACACCAGUGCUAAACUAACCGUGCUGGAGGAAAACCAGAUUCCUGCCGGCUUUCCCACCAUAGACAUGGGUCCUCAGCUGAAGGUGGUCGAGCGCACAAGAACCGCCACCAUGCUGUGUGCCGCCAGUGGCAACCCUGACCCGGAGAUCACCUGGUUUAAGGACUUCCUGCCUGUAGACAUCAGCAGCAGCAACGGGCGAAUUAAGCAGCUUCGUUCAGGGGGUUCACCGAUACGAGGAGCUCUGCAGAUUGAAAACAGUGAAGAAUCAGACCAGGGGAAAUAUGAAUGUGUGGCAACGAACAGCGCCGGGACGCGCUACUCUGCCCCCGCCAAUCUCUACGUGCGAGUACGACGAGUACCACCCCGUUUUUCCAUACCGCCCACUAAUCAUGAGGUCAUGCCAGGGGGCAGCGUUAACCUCACCUGUGUGGCGGUCGGGGCCCCCAUGCCCUACGUCAAAUGGAUGGAGGGUGAGGUUGAGCUUACCAAGGAUGAGGAGAUGCCCGUUGGACGCAAUGUGCUGGAGCUCACCAACAUCCGUCAGUCUGCCAACUACACUUGCGUGGCCAUCUCAUCUCUUGGUAUGAUCGAUGCAACUGCACAAGUCUCUGUCAAAGCUCUACCGAAGCCCCCUACGUCCUUAAUUGUGACGGAGACGACAGCUACAAGUGUUACUCUGACAUGGGACUCUGGAAACCCCGAGCCUGUGUCUUACUACAUUAUUCAGUACCGGGCCAAGGCCCCAGACACCAGCUUCCAGGAGGUGGAUGGUGUGGCCACCACGCGGUACAGCAUCGGUGGACUCAGCCCGUAUUCUGAGUAUGAGUUCCGCGUCAUGGCCGUCAACAACAUUGGUCGCGGACCACCCAGCGACCCCGUCGAGACCCGGACGGGAGAGCAGGCGCCCUCUUCACCUCCACUCCACGUCCAAGCCCGAAUGCUCAGUGCUAGCACCAUGUUGGUGCAGUGGGAACCUCCAGAGGAACCUAACGGUCAAAUCAGAGGCUACCGCGUCUACUACACGUCGGAUCUAGACGCCCCUCUCAGUGCUUGGCAGAAGCACAACACGUACGACAGCCGUCUCACCACCAUAUCAGGCCUGACUACAGAUAUUACGUACAGCCUGCGUGUACUGGGGUUCACCUCUGUAGGGGACGGACCCCCAUCUGAUGUGUUGCAGGUCAAGACACAGCAAGGAGUCCCCGCUCAACCAUCCAGCUUUGAAGCUGAAGCUGAACUUGAUACACGGAUCCUGCUUACUUGGCUGUGGCCCGUUCAGGACCCCAUCAUUAAAUAUGAGCUGCAGUAUUGGGAGGCCGACUCGAAUAACAAGAUCCACGUCACCUUCGACCCCGCCGGGUCUUACGCCGUCGAAGGAUUGAAGCCGGACACCCUGUAUAAAUUCUCUCUGGCGGCUCGCUCUGAAAUGGGGCUGGGGGUGUUCACUCAGCCUAUUGAAGCCAGGACCGCACAGUCCACCCCAUCCGCCCCCCCUCAAGAUGUGAAUUUGCUCAGUCUGAGCUCCACCAGCAUCAAGGUGAGUUGGGUGCCUCCACCAGCAGCUAGCCGCCACGGCGCAAUAGUGCGCUACACAGUCAGCUACCAGGCAGUGAACGGUGAAGACAGCGAGCGUCACGAGGUGACCGACAUCGGAGCGGAUGCCUCCAGCUAUGUGCUGGAGGGACUGGAGAAGUGGACAGAGUAUCAGGUGUGGGUGAGAGCCCACACCGAUGUGGGCCCCGGCCCAGAGAGCACAGCCAUGCGUAUCCGUACCAACGAGGACGUGCCGGGAGCCCCACCUCGCAAAAUAGAAGUGGAAGCUGUGAACUCCACGGCUAUUCGCGUGACAUGGAAGCCGCCUCUUUCUGGAAAGCAACAUGGCCAGAUCCGUGGAUACCAGGUCAUCUACUCCCGCCUGGAGAACGGGGAGCCACGUGGGCAACCAAACAUCAUGGAUUUAUCUCUUUCAGAGGCACAGUGGAAAAUUGAGGAGUCCACGGAAUAUGAGGCCUUCAUCACUGGACUUUUCUCUGAGACCUCUUACUCUGUAACCGUGGCAGCUUAUACGACCAAGGGUGACGGAGCCCGCAGCAAAGCUAAAGUCAUCACUACUACUGGUGCAGUGCCUGGAAAACCCACCAUGAUCAUCAGCACAACCAUUGGCAACACAGCUCUGAUCCAGUGGCAGUCUCCCAAAGACAUGGUUGGUGAACUUAUUGGCUACCGUCUGAGAUACAAGCGUCUAGAGGAAGAGACCUACGAGGUCCGCGAGUUCGCCCGUUUAGAUGACCACUACACCGCCACUGACCUGCAUAAGGGCGCCACGUACAGCUUUCAGCUUAGUGCCAGGAACCGGGCAGGAGCCGGAGAGGAGUAUGUAAAAGAGAUCAUCACUCCAGAGGAUGUGCCCAGUGGGUUCCCACUCAACCUGCGUGUAGUGGGCCUAACCACAUCCACCACCCGGUUGUCCUGGGAACCCCCUGCCCUGUCUGAGCGAAAUGGCCGUAUCACGCAAUACAAAGUAUUCUACCAUGAUAUCAACAUUAAGCAGAACAGCACAGUCAACACAAAUGACACCCAGAUGACCAUUCAAGGACUUCAACCGGACACCACCUAUGAUAUCCGCGUCCAAGCCUUCACAAGCAAGGGAGCUGGUCGCAUAAGCCCAAGUAUACAGAGCAGGACCAUGUCUACAUCACCCGCAUUUGCUACAAGUUUUGGUGUCAAAGCUGUCAUGAAAACUUCUGUCCUUCUAACCUGGGAGGUACCAGAAAACUACAAAUCUCAAGUGCCUUUUAAGAUCCUCUAUAACCAGCAGAGCGUGGAGGUUCAGGGCAACCUGAAGAGGAAGCUGAUCACGCGUCUGCAGCCGGAUACAGAUUACUCCUUCGUGCUGAUGAGCAGAGGAAACACUGCCGGAGGUCUGCAGCAGCAGGUGUCCAUCCGCACAGCCCCAGACCUGUUCAAAUCCAAACCAGUCCUUUACAAACCAGAUCAGACCAGCACCGGAAAAAUCACAGUUAACCUGCCCAAAGUGCCCACCACGGCACCUGUCAGAUGGUACUACAUCGUGGUCGUACCAGUGUCUCUUACAUCUUCACGUAAAUGGUCUAAUCCUGAUGAGAUGGAACUUGAUGAGCUUCUGGAGUCUAGUGAGGGAGCCCUUCUCAGGAGACGACGUCACACAGACAACGUCAGGCCGUACAUCACCGCAAAACUGGAUUAUCUCCCAGAUACCUUCACCCUGGGUGAUGAAAAGACUUACAAUGGCUUCUUCAAUCGGCCGGUUCCUAAUAACCAGCAUUACCUGUGCUUUGUCAUGGCUGAACUCAAGGAUCAGUACCCUGUCAUCGCCAAUGAGAAACAGCGGAUCUUCUCAGCCAGCCCAUACUCUGAUCCCAUCAUGGUGUCCAUGAAUAGCAGCGAGCUGGCACGCACCAUGGAGCAGCCCGAGAUGCUUUGGGUCAUGGGCCCUGUGCUUGCCGUGGUGGUCAUCAUCAUCAUAGUCAUCGCCAUCCUGCUCUUUAAGAGGAAAAGGGCAUCACCCCUACCCAAAGAUGAUCAUUCUAGUGGUGUGAAGGACUGUCUGCUGGCCAACUCAUCCGAUCCUGUCGAAAUGAGGAGACUCAACUACCAGACGCCAGGAAUGAGGGAACACCCACCCAUUACAGUUUGUGACCUUGCGGACCAUAUUGAGAGACUCAAGGCCAAUGACGCCCUCCGCUUCUCUCAGGAGUAUGAGUCCGUUGAUCCCGGACAACAGUUCACUUGGGAGAACUCCAACUUGGAGGUCAACAAGCCAAAGAACCGUUAUGCCAACGUUAUUGCUUACGACCACUCGAGGGUCGUUCUUACCCCCGUGGACGGUGUUCCAGGUAGCGACUACAUCAAUUCCAACUACAUUGACGGCUACCGUAAGCAGAAUGCCUACAUCGCCACACAAGGGCCCUUGCCCGAGACUCUGAGUGACUUCUGGAGGAUGGUGUGGGAACAAAGGGCCAGUACUAUAGUCAUGAUGACAAGACUGGAAGAGAAAUCCAGGGUGAAGUGUGACCAGUACUGGCCGGUCCGUGGCACUGAGACAUACGGAAUGAUCCAAGUAACCAUGCUUGAUGCUGUGGAAUUGGCAACCUACAGCGUGCGAACCUUCGCCCUUUACAAGAAUGGCUCCAGCGAGAAAAGAGAGAUCAGGCAGUUCCAGUUCAUGGCCUGGCCGGACCACGGAGUGCCUGAAUACCCCACCCCCAUCCUAGCCUUCCUGCGUAGGGUCAAGGCCUGCAACCCCGCUGAUGCUGGACCGAUGGUAGUGCACUGCAGCGCCGGAGUGGGCCGCACCGGAUGCUUCAUAGUCAUCGAUGCCAUGCUGGAACGCAUGAAGCACGAGAAGACGGUGGAUAUCUACGGUCACGUCACAUGCAUGAGAGCUCAGAGGAACUACAUGGUACAGACCGAGGACCAGUACAUCUUCAUCCACGAGGCCUUGCUGGAGGCCGCCACCUGCGGGAACACUGAGGUCCCGGCCCGGAACCUUUACGCCCACAUUCAGAAGCUCACCCAGCCACCGUCCGGAGAGACAGUCACAGCCAUGGAGCUCGAGUUUAAGAGGCUCGCCAACUCCAAAGCCCACACGUCACGAUUCAUCAGCGCCAACCUGCCCUGCAACAAAUUCAAAAACCGGCUGGUCAAUAUCAUGCCCUUUGAGUCGACACGUGUGUGCCUGCAGCCAAUCAGAGGAGUGGAAGGCUCGGACUACAUCAAUGCCAGCUGCAUCGAUGGAUACAGACAACAGAAGGCUUAUAUUGCCACCCAGGGCCCUCUGGCAGAGACCACUGAAGACUUCUGGAGGAUGUUAUGGGAGCACAAUUCCACUAUUGUUGUGAUGCUGACCAAACUCAGAGAAAUGGGACGGGAGAAGUGUCAUCAAUACUGGCCUUCUGAGCGCUCUGCCCGCUAUCAGUAUUUUGUGGUGGAUCCCAUGGCUGAAUACAACAUGCCCCAGUACAUACUGAGAGAGUUCAAAGUCACAGAUGCCAGGGAUGGCCAGUCCAGAACCAUUCGUCAGUUCCAGUUCACUGAUUGGCCAGAGCAGGGAGUGCCAAAAACUGGGGAAGGAUUCAUUGAUUUCAUUGGACAAGUUCAUAAAACUAAGGAGCAAUUUGGGCAGGACGGACCAAUCACUGUGCACUGCAGUGCUGGAGUGGGAAGGACAGGUGUUUUCAUCACUCUCAGUAUAGUCCUGGAGAGGAUGAGAUAUGAGGGUGUGGUGGAUCUGUUCCAGACGGUUAAGACUCUGCGCACACAACGGCCUGCCAUGGUGCAGACAGAGGAUCAGUACCAGCUGUGCUACAGAGCAGCUUUGGAGUACCUGGGGAGCUUUGAUCACUAUGCAACGUAACCACUCCUGGACCGCAGCCCUCUGGUACAACUCUUCAGAAGUGCUCCAAGUGUUCCUUCUGAGCCACCAUUCCUCUGCCCUAUCCUGUACAGAGAGCUGGGGGGUGGGAAGGGGGCAGGCUAUCCAGUGGCUGGUUAACCAAUCACAGCUGUCAGUUAUUGACUGGCACCAUGAGACUGCUUUAAGAAAUAUAGACAACUCUCUUUCAAGAAGCACCAUCUAAAAACGAUUCUAGUUUCUCUUUAGCCAACCCACACUACAGUCGGAGUACUGGUAGCACUAAUUCUCUUUUUUCAUUGUUCUCCUUCUUUCCCGUUGGCUUUUUUUCUAAAUCACGAUUACCGUUUGUUAUUAUUUGAAAAUUCAGUAUGACAACAUUGUUAUUAUUUUUAUUUAGAAUGUUUCUUUUAAUAAUCUUUUUAACGUAUUAUGUCUUAAUGGCCUUUUUUCGUGGGUCUGUUUUUUUCUUAAUGGGUACUGUUUUCUUUUCUUUAUAUAAUAGGUUAUUUUAGCACAAGGACAUGUGUUUUUAACAUGUUCCUAAUACUAAUACCAGAGAACUUCUGUUUUCUAAGCUGCUGAUGGUUUGACUUUUUAACUUGAUUUGAUUGUUAUUCCUCGUAUAAUUGGUCUUAUUGGGCUGAAAAGAGCGGGACUUUGGACUUUGGAAAAGACUUCAUUGUUCUGUCUCUGUCAAUGAAAAAAGAAAAAUCUGGUUAAAUGGUUCUAAAUGUAAACUUUGGUUGAGGAAAACAAAUCAGCUAACUAAUAUAAUCAGCACUGUACAGAACGCAGUAUAGGUUAAAUACUGUAUGAUUUCCAGAUUGGAGUGCAUUCCCCGUGAGGAAUUAAACACAAUCCUGACGAAACACAGCCCGCCUCUUCAUGAUCUUUAAAGACCUGAUAUUGAAAUGAGACCAAUCGCCAUUGGCACCUGUAUAGUAUAAACCACUCCCCCAUGAGGGAGAGCGGACUCUGUUAAUCCAACUCUUCUUUUAUACAGAAAUAUAAAUAUAUAUAUAGACAUAAAUUUAUAAUAAUGAAUAAAUAUCAAUACUAUUAUAGAUACAGUAUAUAAACAGCUUCUGCUCUAUUGUCAAUAAUUCUAUCAAAACGUAAUCCUGGAUUUUCAACAUAGAGAAAACAACGAAAGAGACUGCUGUCUGUGAAUCUAGUAAUGGUACAAAGUUAUAUCUACUGUAUUAUCUAAGCACCCCAAGUAUUUGCUGGUCUUCUCUGUUGGGGUGGGGCAGCACAACUCGAAUAAAAAAUAAACACUUUCUGCAGAAUGUCAUUUCAUGCCUGCUCAAUUACAACUGGCACGUCAAAGGGAGACCUGGCCAUACAUUCAGCAUAUGUUGGCAAGUUCAUUUUUACCUUGUGAAUGAUUAGUGCUGUAGAAGUCCGAUCUGUUGUAUACACAGUCUGUUUUCUAUGUUAAUAAGAAAACUGGAAUAAAAAAUGUUGCAGGAAAAACUCGAUGUUAAUAAAGUUCAAUAAUUGGUUUUUGU